AUGCCGCCUGUUUCUUCUGCAUUCAAACCUACAACUGUCACGUUGUAUGACGCCAUUACCGAUUCACCUGUCUAUCGAGCCAACAUUCACCAUUACGAUGACCAGCUGGAACGUCUCGAGACUUGGCUCGAAUCACUUCUGCAGCAUUUUAAAACAUAUACCCAACUUAUGACCAAAUUGAGUGCAGAAGCGAACCUUAUCUGCAGUCAAGCUGUCCCUUUAGAAAUUGAUGAGCUGCUUUUAGACUCCAACUUUACCAACGGUGCGAUGGGUCAGUUUGCUCGCACCUUGCAAAACCAAGUAUCGCUUCAACACAAACUGGCAUCCGACCUCGAGGAACAAUUCAUUCAUCCAUUGCAGCAGUUUAUCCAAACCCAUCUUCAAGAGUAUAAGCAAUUUAGAAAGCAACAUGAAAAAGCUUUGCAUCAGUAUGAAAGUCAGCUUCAGAAAUACGCGUCCGUUAGCAAGUCCAAAGAUCGGUCGAAUCUCUAUGAAGAACAGCUUCAACUGUACGAUGCACGUGAGACAUACGUCCGAAUGUCCAGUCAGCAUGUGCUACGCCUGUUCAAAUUUCGCUCCGUGUUCCAACAACAUUUGAUUGAAGCCUUUUCAGCAGCCGCGGACUCUUACAAGGACAAUUAUUAUCAUGCCGAGAUGUGGCAGAAUCUGAGUUGUACGUUGGCCGCGUGGAAGCAAUGGCUCACGGAAGACGGCCUGACGUGUAACUUCCAUAUUUGGAAAGAAGAACAGACAUGCCAACGCUUGCAGGAAGAAUAUCUCCAGAAGAAGCGACCUCGUAUGACCAUCGCUUCUCGACGACGUCAUUCCGCCGCCCUUUUCAGAACGAAUUUUUUUGGCGAAUCACCACCAAAGUCUCAUUCAGGAUAUUUAUUCUUGCGUGUGUCCAACAAUCUGUGGAUGCGAAAGUGGUGUUUCCUUCAUAACGGUUAUUUUGGAAUGCUCAGUACCGUAUCGGACACGCAAUGCAAAAACACAAUCGUCAUUGAUAUGCGACUACCUCUCUCUCACUGCUCUAUCCAAUCACCCAAUAACAGUCAACGUCGACUCUGCUUCGAGAUUCAAACAGGCCCACGAUCAUCGAUUUGCCUGCAAGCGGAAACCGAGGAAGAAUUGCAGGAAUGGCUGGCUUGUUUUCUAGGAAAUCAACAACAACGGUCAAAAAGUGAUGAUACCCUCUUUCGUGAUAACAGCUUCUCGUCACAGAAAAGCGUAUCCCAUGCAACCUCGGAUCAAAACGAUCCCCCAUGUCCACGAUCACCCCGAUUGGUAUCGAGCAAAUCCAAAUCGACCACCGUUGUGAGCACACCGACCGAUAUCCCUGUCACACUCAGUACUUCCUUCCGAUCCAAUCUGUCGGGAUUGUCUAUUUUAUCCACCAUGAGCGGACCCUCUUCUCCAGAGACCAUGUCACUCAAUCAAGCUCAUUCCGACACAGCCUCUGUGCGAACCAUAAAAACACGUAAACCAUCCUCGCGCCAUCCAACCUCCCUUGCCAACGCCCCCUCCAUGACCCCUGCCUUGCUGGAAGCAGCAGUUCAAGUGAAUUUGGAUGAUGCAACUUUUGGGAUAUCCAAAACAGGGAGUCUCUCAUCGCGACAAGACAAAGGGAUCUCUGUUCCGUGGGUCUUACCAUGGGCGAUUAUCCCUAAUCGUGGUCACUCCAGGCGAUCCGAUAGCUUAACCCUUCGACUACGUUCAUCCAGUGAAUCAAAAACUUCACCUUCCGAACGUCAACCUAUCUGGCCUACCAAUCCUCCCACCGUGUCUCUGCCUCCCAUCAAUAUAGAAGGUUACGCAUCCGACCUGGAAUCCAAAAAUCGUGAAGCUCGAUAUUACUUUCCCGAAAUGGUGCCUAAAGAACUUGUGCUGGAUGUUUUGGUUGCAUGUGUGAGAAGAAAGCCUACGAAUCGAACAAUGAAAGCCAUCACCGAACACGUCUCUGCUGAUAAAUUGGACCAUGCUGUUUUGACACAGCAAGACAUUGCUUUGAUACGAGACGCACUUCCCGCAGGCUACGCCUAUUCUGGACAGUUAUUCUUGACUGCAGAUGCUCUCUAUUUCUACAGUUGUGUGGUGAUGCAUUCUGUGCAUUCGGUCGUUGUCCGGUUCACAGACAUUGCUGAUGUACGACUGGCAGAGGAGAAAGAGGCUUCUUGUAAUACAGUCGAGUCGGUGGUAGCGAUUGACCUUGUCGAAGGCUACUCCGGAUCCCUUGCAAGUCCCUUGCUGUUGAGCUGCCGAACUCAAGGUCCUGAAAUGGUGGUCGAGAAGCUUCGAUUUCUUCUCAAUAAUGCCAAAUCGUCCGAGCCUAUGCAAUUACGCAACGUAUAUCAAAAAAUACUCGCCUUGUCCAAACCAAAACAGAGUAGCAUGGUCAUAGCUAUCAGCUCCAGGUCCAUCGCUCAACAGAGUGACGAGGCAUAUCUUUCGUCUAGCACCACUACCACAGUGGAGGAGGCAGAUCAAACACCUGAAAUUAGCGAUGAUUUGUCUGCGGGUGAAGCUACGAUUGAAUCCAGCGGUGCCAAUGCAACAGAUGAAUUGCCGCCAAACUUUGAGCUUCCAGAGGGACCUGUGGAGUGUGGAUGCGAGGAUCAUUUGGACCGAUUAGAAGCCGAGAUUGAUUUUCCUAUUUCGGCCAAACGCUUGUUUGAGUUGAUGUUUUCCGACGAGCAGAAUGCAGCUCCUACCGAUGGUGGCGUUUGGCAAGGCAAAACAGCCGCUAUUGCCGGCCAUGAUCUGAAAGUGACGCAUUGGGAAAACACUGAAAACGGAACCCAACGAUUCCUCAGCUAUUGGAUGCCGGUCUCCAAUCCCAUCGUUCGUAUGAAGGAAGCAGAGGUAGUGGAAACUCAGAAUCUGCUAAAGAAAGAAGAUCACAUUCGCUACGUUGUGCAAAUCUCGACCAAAACGGCCGCUUUACCGUAUGCGGAAGCCUUUAUACCCUCUGUAAAAUAUUGCAUCACUUAUGUUUCCAAGGAUCAAUGCAAAUUAUCUUUGCAUCUCGGCGUACGAUGGGUACAGAGAGUCAUGGUUCGAGCCAUUGUCACUCGCGCUGCACUCAAAGGCAUGGCUGACAGUGUCAAUGUCUUUAUCCCGAUCCUGAAAGACACCGCGCAAAAUAUUGCCGCCGAAGCAAGCCAAGCACAGAGCCAUGCGUUGAAAAAAGCAGGUGUAUCCAUUGAGAAUGUGCAAACAUUAGAGACCAAGAAGACAUCCGUUCAACCUGAUACACCGACCACGCAUGAUGCUACUAUCAAACAUUCUGACAGAGCUGAAAAAGAACACCCAUCAAACGUUCAUUUAAGUCCACAAAUGACCGCUGUGCCUUCGAAUUCAGUAAACAAAAUGGCAACUCAACCCUCUGCUUCAAACAAAAGAGAAAUCCCAUCGGCAGCCUGCAGCAGCAAACAGAAUCCAGUCGCUCCGUCCUCAAACGCCUCUGCUGCUCAGUAUCACAACAAAACCGCAUCCUCGCUAUCGCUCAAACAUUCACACUCCUUAUUCCCCGAGACUGUCAAAGUACUAGCAGGCAGAGGUGUUAUUGUUCUUGCAGCCAUCACUGUGCUGCUUAUUUACGGCAUGGCCAUGACGAGCCUCACGCUCCAAUGGUGGAAUUAUCCUGGUCGGGCACGGUGCGAGACUGCAUCGAUGCAGCAAUUCGAGCGCAAAACUCACACAAACGAUACCAUUGUGCGACAUGUUGUUUACCUGCGAGAUCUGGAUGAAGGCAUCCUCAAUACAAAAUUCCAACCAUCAUAUGCCAGAACUCCUUGUUACCAACAAUUUGUGCAAGCGCAUCAACCUGUGCCGUCCAGAGAACUGCCUUUCAAUGUAUGGUUUGAUAAGCAGUAUUACAAGGAAGCGAUCAAGCUGGAUACAAGUCGACAGAACAUGGCGAUGAUGCGCAGUGAUCUGUUAUCGCUUUUUCAGAUUUUGAACAAUGAAGAAGCGCAGAUCAUUGAACAGCAGUAUAUCAAUUGGUUAUCUGAUCAACAACUUCACUGCUCGACACUCGAUACCUGGGAACAGACUUCACAUGUGCCUGCCUGCACCGAUAUUCUUGAACAAAUCCGGUUAUUUAACACAUCUUAAUCAUCCGUCAUUAUAAUUAAUUCUUUGCUACUGUAGAUUCUAAUAUGUAAUGCUCUUUAACUAUUAUUAGCUAUAUAUUUUUUUAGCUCUAUUACAACACACAAUAAACGAAUCCUCUUAUUGAGGGAGGGACGUCG